CAUACGGCCCGGUGGUAAGCAGUCUCCGUAGCCUAUGUACGCCUGCAACUCCGGAUGAGUAAUAUGUGCGUUGCCAACCCUAAUACUCCGCAUCCUCGUUGCGGGUGGACGCAAACGCCAUUUUAGCUCGCCAAUUUUGACCUCCGAUUAUGACCAAUAUUACCGAUAAAAUAGAGGUGCGGACGCAAGAAUACCAAUUUGUGACGCUGAUAUUCGCAUUUAAGGACAUUUUUUUUUAACUUAGAGCGCUCAAAUAUCACCAUAAAUCUAAAAUUGGACAUUGACGCCAAUUUCUUUUCUAAUUAUAAAACGGUCGAUUUGAUCAUCCCGUCUGGGUAUGCCUUUAUUCUUUCCAGCGUACCGUACAAGUAGAUUUAGCAGAUUUAGUUUCUCUUUCUUGCGUGUAACGGAACGUUAGAGGGAAUUGUUUUAAAUUAUCGCAAAAUUGUUUUAAAAGAACAAAUCCAGCGCUGUGAUUGGUUCGUUUAACGGUAACGUAAAGAAUUCUUGACAACGGAAAUAAUCUAGAUUUGACAUUUAAUAAUUCAAUUACAAAAAAUAACGGCCAUAUGGUGAAUUGAAUCUAAACGCUACAAAUAUAAUUGUUUUGUCUGAUUUGAAGUGAUUUCAUGUAUUAUUUUCAGAGUUAUGUGAAAGAGUAAAUAUUCUACAAUGCAAGCGAACGAUUUUAUUGCGAAAUUGAAGGCUGACGGGUCGGCCAGCGAUCUUCAUGACUUGGAUAACGUUUACCUUAAUUACAAGGAACUUUUAGAGAAGUUACCAUCUAAAGACAAGGGAGCGUUUUCUCUUAACGUUCUAUGUAUUCUCUGCAGAAAUAUUGACAAAGUCCCAACAUGGCGCGACAAGAUAGACACCAAAGUGUUGCUCAACCUCUCCAUAGACUGUGUGCGACAGACAAGGGGCCUGGAGAAGCCUGAGCGAGUGAAGGUUCUAGUUUGUGUGUAUCAUAUACACAAGUUCAUUGUGAGACAGCCAUCCCAGCCACCACCAGAACUAGUCCUCAAACUCUCCUACAUGCCAUUUGAGAACGAGCAGGACAACCUGCUCUCUGAGUACUGCAAGACAUACUGGAACCUCCUGACUGACCGGCUCAUGUUCAUCGAGAAGUUUAAAACAGGACGCCGUGCCAUCAUCAAACUAUUACCAAAACUUACAGAAGACAUACAGAAAGUCAUUCUCAUGUAUGAUAGCGUACAAUUCUGUAAUACUUUACUAGUGGUUCUAUUAAAGAAAUUACAUUUUAUUUACAACACGGAACAUGCUAAGGAGUUGAAUAAGAGUUUCGGAAUGAUAUUUGAAAGUUUAUCACUAAAAAGAGAUGUCAAAUCGUUUAAGAAAUUAACUGAAAAAGAAAUUCUGGAAUUAUAUGUAAAAUUCAGUGAUUGCUUCUAUGUUAUAGCUGAAAAUGCAGCGAAAUUGAAUUUUAAAGAUUCCGUUUUGACUGCAGCUGUUCGUAGCUGUAUACCUUUCAUUGGGCAUUCUCCGCAGUUAUUUCACUGCCUACAGACAUUUUACUUAAACUCUUUCUGCUGUAUAUUGACUGAUAAUGAAAAUCCCAGCAUCAAUGAGACUAUAUUAAAUAGUUUGAUAAUUUCAUGUGAAACUACAGAAAAAUUAGGAUAUCUAAAAGCAAUGAGGGCAACCUAUCCAUAUAUAAAUCAACUAUUAAGAGUGUUUAUUGAAUAUAACUUAUCAAAGUUAACAUUAACAGAAGAAGCUCAAGAAACUUGCCUCAAAUUGAUAAUUCUUCUACUUGAUAAGCUAAAAGAUACUGAACAGUUGUUGAAGUGCGAUAAUUGUAAGAUAAAAUCAGGUUUGCAUGAUGCUUUACGUUUAUCGUUUUUGGCUAAAAACUUUGUCUCCGCCUGCCUUAACUCAAAACUGGAUAUCAACAUGAUCCUACAGCCAUAUUUUAUGAUUAUAAAGAAACAACACGGUAUUUUAACCGAUCUAUGCCGUCUAGGUUGCUCAAACCAUGAAAAGUGCCUCCGGAAGUUACAAACGGACAUACAUAACACUGCGAUAAUUUUAAAUAAAGCGAAAUACUUAGACUCAGCGAUACAGCUUUUCGACUUAUAUCUGACGCAUGAAUUCCUACACUUUAAGACGACUCAGGACUUGAAAAAUAUAAGCAGAGCACUAUAUAAUAAAAGUAUAUGUCAAUUAGAUUGUAAAAUGUAUGAGAAAGCGCUUUUAGACGGAUUUUUGAGCUUAGUUUUCGCUCAGCCGGAAGGACUCAGCUCGGAGAAAAAUAUGAGUUUGGUCAUGGAUGUGAAGGCUAAAGCUCUCAAGGGCUGUGACGAUGAAGAGCUGCAGAUGAUGACAGUGCUGGACGCUUGUAAUGUGGCUGUGGAGAGGAAAUUGUAUGGGAAUUUGAAGCCGUUUUUCAGUCAUUUGGAGUUCAACACGCUUCUACAACACGAGUUCACCCUGUAUGGUCGGUUGUGGCCGUCACUGUCGCCUGUAGUCGGCGUGUGGCGUGCUCUACACUACCUCUCUACCGGCAAGCAGUAUCCUUGGAUGUGCGGUGAGUCAUCACAACCCCCCUCCCUGGACACCCUCUACUCCGUCAUCCUGCACACCCCGUGCGUCGUCCGCAACAUCCACAGCCCGCAGCUGUCCGCCAUCUUGUCGUCCAUACUCGACAAGAUGGCGCCCACGGCCGACGUCAAGAUGAAAGUGAUUGAAGCUACGCUGCUGUUUUUGAAGACGGAUAUGGAUUUGGCUGAUGCGGCUGUGAAGUAUGAGUGGAAGAUUAAAGAUCAAAGCAUAGACCCCGACUUGGUACCAUGCUGCAGAACCCUGGAACAGGAGCAUGAGGCUUUAAAACCUGCUCUGCGAGGAGUCAAGCUAUGGACUGAGGUCCUGUCGCGCCUGGACGACGUACCACAAGACUUCCUAUCGUCGCCUCUGCUCGUGUUACGCGUCAUGUUACAGCAACUGUUACACGUACGGAGCGUGUACGCGUUGCAGCUGGCGCAUGUCGCACUGCGAGUCGGUCAGCAUCUUCAAGACAGAGCGGCCUACCUGGAGGCGGCCGGCGUCAUACUGUCGCGAACAUACCGGCCGAGCGAGCAGCUGCGUCGCGUGCUGGCGCUGGCGGCCGAGUGGGCCGGCGGCAUGACGCGCGCGCGGAGCACCAGGGAGGCUGCGCUGCUCUUCCUGUGUGAUGCCGCUAUAAAGAAAAGCAAUACAACAGCCAAUAUUUUUCAUCCACAGAUAUUCUACCACAAUAUAAAAGAAGCACCCACUUCAGCGCACUUCAUCCGCGUGGUACAAUCCAGCCUCUUAAACGACAUGGACUCUAUGCCUAUAGCAAUAGGGCGUGUUUUGGAUGCGCAGGCGCUGUACGGAGACCUCAGCGCUUGCGUCAAUGCGCAGAGACAUUAUCUCACUGUUGGGAACAAUGAAACCACCUGGUGUCUCCGCCAGCGCCGCUCGCUCUUCCUAAAGCAGAGCAUCUUCUCAGCCAGCCUGCGAAUCGUGUUGCUGUCCCGCUCGCUCCACCUAUAUCGGAGAGGGAGAGUCACCGCCGCUUGUGCUCUAGGCUCCGCUUCCGCUCAAGCGAGGUUCGCGCUUGGUGUGACCGCGAUGGAUCCUAGUCGGUGUGACGUGGCUAGAGCAACGAUCGACCAACGCCUCAAACACAUCGUGGGCCUCCAGUCCAACGAGUGUGCGCUCAGCAAGCCGCCCCCGCACCCCCCCGCCCCCUCCACCACACAACUUGAAGCCGUGCGCGACGCACGCAUCCCCAAGAUGCAUCAGACGAGUCCAUCUAUACCUGUAGAUUACGUGCCCGCCUUCAGAACACCCCUGUUCUUCGACCACGAUCCAAAAUGUGAGUGCUAUGCUUGUGAGACUCCAUCGAUAUUCAUUUUGACCUCGCAGCUGUUGGGGGUGGAAGCGAGCGUGUAUUACAGGGGUAAAGAGUUCGACGUGGCCAAGAAUUACUUUGAUGGCGUGCUGGAAAACUUCUGUGACGUCGAAAGUAAAAUUAAAGCUGCCGUGAGAAAGCUUCGAGAGAAAUUUGAGAAAUAUAUAGUCGAUAUAAUUGAGAAGAGCUUCGAAAGGGAGCUUUUAAAUGUGGAAUUGGAAGUUUUGAUCCAGGCGGCGUAUUUUGAGCUGUCGCAGAAAAAUUAUGCUAAAUCGGAUGAUUAUAUAUAUGUAAGAAUCAAUGAGAUACUUCAGGCCGCUGAUGUCGAUCGAUAUACGAUGAAUGAAGUCGUGAAUUUGAUGAUCGCUUCCGAAAUUCUACAUAAAUCUGAUGAAAUAACAGAUAGAGUGGCAGAUAUUGAGAAUGAUAUGGAAAAUCUUAAAAUUACACCCACUAAAGAGAUACUGAAAACACCAGAAGCGAAGCCCAGUAAACCGCCCGUGUUUAAUAAAGUUGUUGUUGACAAAGAAGAAUUGCCAGAUUUGAAGUGUAAGAUACCAGUUCUUAACUUCGACGAGCCGGAAGAGCAAAUAGUGCCUAAGAAGAAAAUAAACUUUAAAAUACCUAUCCUGAUAGCUAAUAAACCUAUAAUAGAAAGUAUAACACCGAGGCCGUCCCGUUCGAAAGUAAAGAUCCUAGUGACUGAACCUUCUCAAGAAGAUAUAGAUGUAGCUAUGACCCCGCAGACGGAUAAGUCGAGAGCUGAAUUCUUCACCCCCUUCGAAGCCACCCCGGAUCAAUUUUUCACCCCCCAAACGUCAGUCAAAACUUAUGCGAAGAAAUCUUUAAGACAGAACAUUAUUAAGAAUUUGGAAAAGGAGUUUUCUUCGAAAGAAAUCCCAAAAGAUUCAAAUACGCUUCCAAAAACUGUGAGCGUAGAUAAUUCAACGAAAGAAAAUGAUACGAAAAUUUUGAGAAAACUUUCAAAAACCGUAGAAGAUUCAUCUAAAGAAAAUGCCAAGCCAAAUAUACCAAAACCAAAAAAAGAGGUAGCAAAGAUUCCUGAGCCGAAAAGAGGUAGAGUGGAAACCGGGUCUCUCCGGACUUUGAAAGACCGAAGGCUCAAGCGUGCCACGAGCCCCGGGAAAAUGCCCAAAGAUGAUGUUAAGGAUAACAGGGAUAACCCGAAGACUAGGCUUAGGAGACCAGCUGUGAAGGUCGAGAGAGAUUACAAGAAAUGACAGUUUGACUGCUGUAUAAUAAAUAUUACAAAAAAUUGUUUCAUGUGUUGUGUUGACGCAUAUAGAAGUCGCAUUUUAUGAGUCCGCUGCAAGCUCAGUUCUCAAGACAAACUCAAACACUCUCAUUUUGAAACGACUAGUUAGAGUGCUCUGAAACUUCAUACUUACUUUUUCUCCUAACUUACUUCUUAAUUACUUAUAAGGUAUAUUUAGUCCUGUAAUUAGUUUAUGUAGCUUCAGAUACCAUAGAUAAGAAAAUACAGCGAAUUUAAGUUUUUCAUACAAAUAAAUAAAUAUUAUAGGACAUUAUUACACAAAUUGACUAAGUCCCACAGUAAGCUCAAUAAGGCUUGUGUUGAGGGUACUUAGACAACGAUAUAUAUAAUAUAUAAAUAUUUAUAAAUACAUACAUAGAAAACACCCAUGACUCGGGAACAAAUAUCCAUGCUCACCACACGAAUACAUGCCCUUACCAGGAUUUGAACCCGGGACCAUCAGCUUCAUAGGCAGUGUCACUACCCACUAGGCCAAACCGGUCGUCAAAACUACAUACAAAACUUAUUUUUGCUCUAUU